UGUAUUUGGGGGGAAGCACUGUGUUUUGUGUGUGCUUGUUUUUAAGUGAGGUGUGUGUGUGUUUUUAAUGAAAGUUGUGCAUUCAAGUAAAAGGCAUGUGUGUGAGUGAUGUGUGUGUGUGUAAGUGAGAGACAUGUGUAUGUAAGUGAGAGGCAUGUAUGUGUGUGUAAGUGGGAGGCAUGUGUAUGUAAGAGAGACUUGUGUGUGUAAGUGAAAGAGACGUGUGUGUGUGUGUUUAAGUGAAUGAGGCGUUUGUGUUUUUUUUAUAUAUAUAUCUAGUGUUCACGCUAGGUGUCUGCACCUUUUUUUAGACAGAUGAAUCCCACCCUGCCCGUUUUUGUGCGCCCUACCAACCCGCCGUUUUCUGCCUGCCGUACCCCGCCACGCCGCCAGACCCAGCCGUGCGCCGCCGGACCCGGAAAAGCUAUGUCUCCAUUUCUGCGCAUAAGCCUCUCCAAUUAUGAAGUUGGACCAUGUCUGCCAUCUAAUGGGGAUGUAACGCAGCAGAGACCUUAUUGUGCUGUUAUAGUGAAAGAAGCCAUUGACACAGAAAGUGGCAAGAUGUAUAUCCAGAAGAAGCCAACCAUGUACCCCCCUUGGGAAAGCACAUUUGAUGCUCACAUUAACAAGGGAAGAGUAAUGCAUAUCAUCGUGGAGGGCAAGCCUGAAGGGGUGGUAUCAGAGACCACAAUUGAACUGAAUUCUUUGGCAGAGCGUUGUAAAAAAAAUAGUGGCAUGAUGGAGAUAUGGAUAGAACUCAAACCACAAGGCAGAAUGAUAAUGAAUGCAAGAUACUUCCUGGAACAGACAGACCCUAAAAGUCAUUAUGACUCAAACUCAGAAAGCCAGUUUGCUUUACAUCAACGUCGUGGAGCCAUUAAACAGGCCAAGGUUCAUAAUGUGAAGUGUCAUGAGUUCAUCGCAACCUUCUUCCCACAACCAACAUUUUGCUCUGUUUGUCACGAAUUUGUUUGGGGUCUUAACAAGCAAGGUUACCAAUGCCGUCAGUGCAAUGCAGCAAUCCACAAGAAAUGUAUUGAUAAAGUCAUCGCUAAGUGCACAGGAUCUGCAGUCAACAGCACAGAAACAGUGCUCCACAAAGAAAGGUUUAAGAUAGACAUGCCGCACAGGUUUAAAACAUACAAUUAUAAAAGUCCAACCUUCUGUGAACACUGCGGGACACUUCUCUGGGGCUUGGCAAAGCAAGGAUUGAAGUGUGCUGAAUGUGGAAUGAAUGUCCAUCACAAGUGUGAGAAUAAAGUAGCAAAUCUAUGUGGGGUUAAUCAGAAGUUGAUGGCAGAAGCUCUUGCCCUGAUAGAGAGUACACAACAGGACAGAAGACAACGCGAGUCAGAACACAUUUACAGAGAAGGCCCAGUUGAAGUUGGCUCCACCAGUACAAAUCAAGACAAGGCUUUAAUUAGGAAAGAGUGCCAAGGCAUUCCUUGGGAGUCACCAGUAGAAGAAGUCAAAUCUGCUGAAACUACCACUGAGCUGGGGCUGAGAAUAGAAGAGCCAUGCAGUCACAUCAAACUGGCAUUUACUGACUUUGUCCUGCAUAAGAUGCUGGGGAAAGGGAGCUUUGGAAAGGUCUUCCUUGUAGAAUUGAAGGAGACAAAUCAUUUUUUUGCAAUGAAAGUUCUGAAGAAAGAAGUAGUGCUGAUGGAUGAUGAUGUUGAAUGUACCAUGGUGGAGAGACGAGUCCUCUCUCUUGCCUGGGAAAACCCUUUCCUGACACAUCUGUACUGUACAUUCCAAACAAAGGAGAACCUGUUUUUUGUCAUGGAGUAUCUCAACGGUGGAGAUCUUAUGUUCCAUAUCCAAAGCUGUCAUAAAUUUGAUCUUGCCAGAGCAACUUUUUAUGCUGCUGAAAUUGUCUGUGGUCUCCAAUUUCUCCAUUCUAAGCAAGUGGUAUACAGAGACCUGAAGUUAGAUAAUGUACUCCUAGACAUGGAAGGACAUAUAAAGAUAGCAGACUUUGGAAUGUGUAAGGAGAACAUGUUUGGAGAUGUGAAAACUAGCACUUUUUGUGGAACUCCUGAUUAUAUUGCUCCAGAGGUUUUACUGGGACAAAAAUACAACUAUUCAGUUGAUUGGUGGUCGUUUGGAGUACUUCUCUAUGAGAUGUUAAUUGGUCAAUCUCCUUUCCGUGGCUUAGAUGAAGAACAGUUGUUUCAUUCAAUACGCAUGGAUGACCCAUUUUAUCCCCGUUUUCUUAAUAAGGAAGCUAAAGAUAUAUUAGUCAUGCUCUUUGUCAGAGAACCAGAAAGAAGACUUGGCGUGAAAGGCAACAUUCGGCAGCAUAGCUUCUUCCUACAGAUAGACUGGGAAAGGAUGGAAAAGAGGGGAAUUGAUCCACCCUUUAAACCUAAAGUGGUAAGGAAGAAAUCUGCCAGUGACUGCAGUAACUUUGACAAGGAAUUUUUGAAUGAGAAAAUAAGAUUAUCCAGUACAGACAGGACAUUGGUUAAUAGCAUGGACCAAAAUAUGUUCAAAAACUUUUCAUUUGUGAACCCAAAAAUGGAGGCUAUUAUUGGCUGAAAUUACCUAAUAUCCAUGAAAACAGUAGUUGAAACGACUUUGCAUGAAAUUAUUUGUGACCACCAACCUUUUAGUUGAGACGCUAACUGUAGAUGGGAAUAGACUAAAGUCUGAGAGUGGAGAUGGGAAUGUUCUAUAAUCCUCUCUGUGCAAAACUCUGUAGAUGAGGACAGGUGAAACACUUGUCAAUCAAACAAUAUAAGAUUGGCGAUCCUAUUUAUUAUAUACAGUAUCCACUUAUUGUAAAGAAGGCAUUGCAGAUGAGCUUUUGGUUUCAGUUGUAAACCAAGUCAAUAGAUUUUUCAAAAUCUCAUCAACUUUUUAUUUUAAUCUUUUUGUAAAUGUAUUUAUAAAUUAAUAGAAAUAGCUCAUGUAUUAUACAAAUUAGCCCACUGUAGGAUAUUUCCUUCCUGUAGUUUUAUAUGUGCAGGAUUCCAGUAACUGUGGUAUAAUACUACAAUGAAUCCAUUCAGUUACAGCCCAUAAAUCAUACUUUCCCAAACUUAGCCAUUACAGUCCAGGUUUUAAGGAUAUCCAUGCUUGAGCACAGGUGACUUAAUUAGUACUUCAGUUUGAUGAAACCAUCUGGACUUCUGCAGGGAUCUCCUUAAAACCUGGACUGUAAAGACGGAGUUUGCAAAACUCUGCAAUAAACAACUGUUUACAUCUUGUGCCAUUUACUUCAUUCUAAUAUACUGUAGGAUGUACGGUACCAUUUAGAAAUCUGAAUUAGCAGCAAUAAUGUCUUAAGAUAUUUGUGUGUAAUGGUAGUAAACUUUUUAAACCGUGUAAUAGAAAGGAGUGUACUGUAUGUAAAAAUCCAUUGUUUAAAACUGUUACAUUUCUUUUCAUUU